CCCGGAAGUGGUUGUGUGAGAGUUGAAGGGUUAAGACGCCGAAGAAAUACAUGCUGUAAUUUUUGGACUACCGAACUGGACACUAUUAUUUAAAAUACGUUUCGUAGCGAAAAUGGCAGCGGCGAAGGAAUUGUUGCAAAUGGAUCUUUACAGUUUGCUUGGGGUGGAAGAAGGAGCCACCGAAAAAGAGGUCAAGAAGGCGUACAGACAGAAAGCUCUGACCUGUCACCCGGACAAGAAUCCCGACAACCCCAAAGCGGCUGAGCUCUUCCACCAGCUGUCCCAGGCACUUGAGGUUUUGACGGAUGCGGCAGCCAGGGCCGCGUACGACAAACUUCGAAAGGCGAAGAAGCAGGCCGAGGAGAGGACGCGGAGACUCGACGAUAAGAGGAAGAAGAUCAAGCUAGACUUAGAGGCGCGUGAGAGAGAGGCUGAGGCUCACAGUGUGGAGGAGAUCAAAGUCGCACGCACACUGGAAGAGGAGAUCACCCGGCUGCGAGAGGAGGGGUCCCGGCAACUACAGGAGGAACAAAGGCUGAUCAAGGAGCAGAUCCAGAGGGAGAGGGAGGCGCAGCUCCAAGGAGUCCCCGCAGCACCCGGCCCUCCGCGAGGAUCGCCGUCCAACAGCAGUGUGACCCCCAAAUUAAAACUGAAGUGGAAAAGUAAAAAAGAAGAUGAAACUAACGGUGGUUAUUCUCGCGACUUCCUCUUCAGCCUCCUACAGAAGUACGGUGAUGUGUUGAACGUCGUGCUGUCGGGCAGGAAGAAUGGAAGUGCUGUGGUUGAAUUUGCAACUGUCAGAGGAGCUGAACUUGCGUAUAAAAAUGAAUCGGGCCUGACAGGAAACCCACUGAAGAUCUCAUGGCUUGAAGGGCAACCUGAGGUCUUGGCACCAGCCUCAAAGAGCACGGAUGGCCCAUUCAGACAGGCACAGAUUUCAGCGCACACUGGAGGGAAGUCGCGGAUUUGGGCACAGGGGGAAGCUCACGCUGCUCACAUCUGCAUUGCAGCCAUGCGCCUUUUGGGAAGAGAUAAGGGAUGGCCGAGAUCCAGGCUUAUAGGAAAGGGCUCCCUGAGCAGUGAGCGUGACUACGAGAGCCUGGUGCUGAUGAGGCUAAGGCAGGCGGCGGAGAGGCAGCGGCUGAUCGAGCAGAUGCAGAGGGAGGAUGAGGAGGAUGUUGACCAAGCCUAGCAUCCUCAUCACCACCGGCAUCCCUGAUGGACUCACUCUGGCUGACUUCAGUUUUCUGGCGAAGCCAGCCUUUCUGCAACUUUUUUUUAAAGGAAUGAUUUAAAUACUUUUGGGUAAAUAAAUUGGUUUGUGACCAUGA